AUGAGAGGGGCGGAAGACCUCUCGAGAAUUCCGCGGCGAGAGCAUCGGGUUAGCGGAGCGAUUAGGCAGAUGGGCGCGGGCAGUCACACGGAGCUGUGCACGACCAGUCGCGGAGGGGACCGGGCAGAGGUGUGCAUAGCGGCAAGCGGGGUUGGUACACUUGCCCACGAGAAGCGCUUGCAGAUCUCCUUCUUGCCGAUUUUCUCGAACCAGGCGCUUGACCGUGGGCGGAGGCGUUUCCGGGCGGCCGGAACCACGGGCGGUACUGAAUUCGUUGAGUGCGUCCUCAAGCGACCACGAGUGGUCACGCACCAACUCAUGGAUCGAGACAGCUUCGAUCGGGCCGUUCAUGUUAACGGAAGCCACCGGGCCCGGCAAAUCAUCUUCAGCAGAGAGGAGUGCGCGGAGGAGGCGGGCAAACGGCGUAUCGCCGCACACGAUGGAGUGUUAAGCUCAUCUGCGGGAGAGAGCGAAAGCACGGAGCGGAGCAAGGUUAGCAGGGCAUCCAGGAGCGCCGGGUCAUCUAGACGAGGAGAAGACAGUGCGAAUCCGAGCCAGCGAGGCGGCUCAGGUGACGGUUCGGCACGAUCGGCAGGUCGGCCCAACAUGGGGCGGCCACAGGGGUGUCCGCAGCGGUUCGGGCAUGGCACGGUGCAGAAACCCAGGAUGACUUCCCGGGACCGCGGCUGCAGAUGGCGCAGGGCAGAGCACAAGCGGGCGCGCAUUUCCGGAGACAGGGACAGAAGCCAAGCGUGGAUGACGGAAGGCAGUCUGUCACAAGGGGCAGCACUGGCGGAAGCGGCGGAAGCUGCACAUGAUGCAGACGCGGUGCUUGGCGUUUGCUGGAGCGGUUCAUGUGCCUGGUUGCGGCGUGCCGGAGUGGCCGGCGCAGCCAUGGGAAGCUCAGCGGAAGCGGAGGCUGCGGGCUGCACACGUUGA